UUUAUGUUUCUAAAUUGCAAAAAUGCCCAAUUUAUUGUCGUGCUACGUUUCUUCACAUAAUUGAUCAAUGUACUAGCUUUCAGAGUUCCCCACCGCAGAGAUUCUUACGACCUUUCUCAGUCUCUUCUACCUCAAGACUUGAAACCAAAACUCGAUCGAAGUUCAUAAAAAAAAAAAAUAAAAAACAAAAACGAGAACAAACACAACACAGUACUACAACAAACUGAGAAACCAAAGCACUAUCUAAAGCCCAAAGAGUUGAAUUGGUUGGACUUCACACAAACACCAAGAGAUCCACUCAGAAGGAAGAGAAUAGAGAGAUGAAGAUUACUGUAAUGACUGAAGAUGAACAUAUCAUUACCUUAGAUGUUGAUCCCCAUGAAACUGUUGAAAACGUUAAAGCUCUACUCGAAGUUGAGACUCGGGUAUCGCUUAGGCAACAACAGCUGCUGUAUAAUGGGAGGGAAAUGGGGAAUGCUGAGAAACUGAGUGCGUUGGGUGUUAAAGAUGAGGAUUUGAUUAUGAUGGUCUCUAAUGCUACAUCUAGUACAUCUGCUAAUAACUUGGGCUUCAACCCAGAUGGUUCUGCUGUGAACCCUGCAGCUUUCCAGCAGCAUUUACGGAAUGACUCUAAUAUGAUGACACAACUGUUUCAGGCUGAUCCUGAAUUGGCACGAGUUGUCCUUGGAAAUGAUCUCAAUAGACUGCAGGAGCUGUUAAGAGAGAGACACCGUCAAAGAUCUAUCUUACGACGUCAACAAGAUGAGGAGCUUGAACUCCUUUAUGCGGAUCCUUUUGAUGUUGAAGCACAAAAGAAAAUUGAAGCUAUCAUUCGCCAGAAAGGAAUUGAUGAUAAUUGGGCAGCUGCCUUGGAACAUAACCCUGAGGCUUUUGCAAGAGUGGUUAUGUUGUACGUUGACAUGGAGGUUAAUGGUGUUCCUUUGAAGGCAUUUGUAGAUAGUGGUGCACAGUCAACAAUAAUAUCAAGAAGCUGUGCAGAACGUUGUGGAUUGCUUAGGCUUUUAGAUCAACGUUACAAAGGUGUGGCUCUUGGAGUUGGUCAGUCUGAGAUUCUUGGUCGAAUUCAUGUGGCCCCAAUCAAGAUUGGAAAUAUAUUCUACCCCUGCUCAUUUUUGGUACUGGAUUCUCCCAACAUGGAAUUCCUCUUCGGGCUAGAUAUGCUUCGAAAGCACCAGUGUAUGAUUGACUUGAAGGACAAUGUUUUAAGAGUUGGUGGAGGAGAGGUAGCUGUACCAUUUUUGCAAGAGAAAGAUAUUCCUCAAAAGUUUCUGGAUGAAGAGAAGUACUCCAAACAAGCAUCCAGCUCAGGAACUGCUGGGACAUCAGGACCAACAGAUAAGAAAGAUAUUGCACCUGCAGGAGGCCAAUCUUCUGUGUAUGAAGUGUUUAAUAUACAACUGAUAAUCUUUUCCUCCAUUGGUCACAGGAGUCGCGCCCAGCACACCUGGUGACCUAACACAGGGAGCUGAUUUUGAAGCUAAAGUUGCAAAGCUUAUUGAACUAGGCUUUGGAAGAGCCGCAGUAAUACAAGCACUCAAAUUAUUUGAUGGGAAUGAAGAGCAAGCAGCCGGGUUUCUAUUUGGAGGCUGAAUAGCUGUGGAAAUUGUCAUUUAUAGAUUACAGUUUCUCAAAAAACUUAAUUACUCAUUUAAAAAAAAAAAAUUAAAUUAAGACUGGAAUGACAAAUUCCAUUUUAACUGUCUAUACCCACUAGCAUUCAUUUCAUUGAAAUGAUAAGUUGAACGCACUGGUGUUAAUCUCUUGAUAAUUUUGGUUAUUUGUUCUUUCUCAA